GUUUCGUUUUUGUUUCGUGUUUUACAUCCCUGUCGGGACGGCGGCGACGGCGGUGGCGUUCAUUGUUCAGUAUCCCUUCGAUGCGACACUGAGCUUAACGCUCAACACGCCAGUGGACGAUUCGCAUGGGGUUCCGUUGACGUCAAAUUCUUGGUGUCCGAAUUCGAUAUUUUUUGUGUUAUUUAUUAUUUUUACUAUUAUAGUUAUUACUAAUAUCGUUGUCGUACCUACCGUUGUUAAAAAUACGAAAAAUAAUUAUUUCAAAAUAUUUAAGUUUCGGAAGUGCGUUUUCCACGAACCGUGGAGGACUGGAUCUGCUGUAGUAGCAGAGGUUAUCGAAGACAUUAUCGCUAUUGCCGAUAAGUGAUAAGGCGCAUACACACAAUUACACGAUUACAGGUGACCUCAUGGAUGUAACUAUUUAUUAGUAAAUGGACACGUAUCGAUUAUGACGUAGUCGGACCGGGCUUUGUGAAAAGAUGCCAUAGAAUGGAACGAACAUGGAGGCUGCUACAAGCGGCUUCCUUUCUCGUGCCGUUACUACAAAACGUGUUAUCAAAUAGCUCAGAUGUGUUUGAAAAUGGAAAAUCAGACAAAGAGAUACUAGAUAAUUUGGUGAACCCAAACAGAUAUGACAAAAGAUUAUUGCCACCAGUGGAUGAUCAAGAUUUUUGUUGUGGGAUGAAGACACCUCAAGACCUAAGAGUGAUACUUCCUUCAGCAAAUAGACAUCCCAUUCGUAAAGGACCUUUAUUAGUAAAUGUCAGUGUACUGUUACUCAGUCUAGCCUCGCCCGACGAGUCUAGUUUGAAGUACGAGGUUGAAUUUUUAUUGCAACAACAAUGGUAUGACCCUCGUUUGCGAUACUCAAACCAAAGUCGAUAUGAUUUUCUAAAUGCUAUUCACCAUCAUGGAGAUAUUUGGUUGCCGGAUACGUAUUUUAUCAUGCACGGCGAUUUCAAGGCAUCGCUAAUACCAGUUCACUUCUCACUAAGGAUCUACAGGAACGGCAGUGUCCAUUAUUUGAUGAGACGACAUUUGAUCCUGUCAUGCCAGGGUAUAUUGAACAUAUUUCCAUUUGAUGAUCCGCAGUGCACGUUUUCAAUGGAAAGCAUAUCAUAUGAAAUGUCAGCUAUAAAAUAUGUAUGGAAAAAUGAUGAAAGCACGUUGAAGAAGUCACCAUCGUUAAAAACAUUAAAUGCAUACUUAGACCGAAAUCAUACAACUGAAUGUCCAUCUACUGGCAGUUGGAGAGGAAACUAUAGCUGCCUUGAAGUGAAUUUGAUUUUUACCAGAGACAGAGCAUUCUAUUUUACUACGGUUUUCAUACCUGGUAUAAUAUUGGUGACUUCAUCAUUCAUCACGUUCUUUCUUGAAUGGAAUGCAGUGCCAGCAAGAGUAAUGAUAGGCGUAACUACAAUGUUGAAUUUUUUCACCACAUCGAACGGUUUCCGAAGUACUCUACCAGUGGUAUCAAAUUUAACAGCAAUGAACGUUUGGGAUGGCGUAUGUAUGUGCUGUAUAUACGCCAGUUUAUUAGAGUUCGUAUUAGUAAACUACGUGGGGCGAAAACGUUCAGACUGGCCGUUGCCCAUUGUAUACCAAAAUAAAGAUCAAGACUACAAACAAAUAACGCAACGUUACUUAAAUCGACAAGAUGCAAAUCAAAUUAGUUAUGAAAGUUAUGUGGAUAACGAAAAAUACUCAAUAUACAGUGACAAGACCCAAGGGGAAUGUUCCAGUUGUGGGCAAGGGGCGUGCACACAUUCGUUAUUACACAACACCUGCCCAUCAAAAACAGAGGAACAAAAUAUUCGAAGCAAUGGCGGCAACAAGCGUAAAAUGCCACCUCACCCGAUACGGAUCGCUAAGACAAUCGACGUUAUCGCUCGCAUCACAUUUCCUACGGCGUACGCAGUGUUUCUGAUAUUCUUCUUCAUUCAUUACACUAGUCAUCCAAGCCAUUGGUCCCAAUAGGCAUAUUAUUAUGUAUUAUACGGGUGGCUCAAGAAGCUCAACGUUUAUGUAUAGCAAUAUAAUAAUAAUUUGAUAUAAUGUUAUUUUAAAUACGAUCAAUACCGGUAUUGCUUACAACUUUACAUUGGACUUAAAAAUUCAAGGGUCCAGUGAAGUAAAUUUAGAUUUAGAAACAAAAUAAAUUAAUCUUGAGGAAAAAAAUCUCAUAUCACGGACAAAAAAAAACAUCUUUAAAAUAUAAUAGUAUUAUUAAAUAUCGAUACGAUAUUAGUGUACCGUUUUAAUUGUUCGUAACAAAAGAUACAAUAAAAAAUCCAUUAGAAUUUAGAAUACAUCUAAUUAGAUAAAAUUAUAAAACUAGUAACAUGACUAUUAACUAUAUUUAAAAUUUUUAAUUUUAUUAUUCAAAAUACUAACAAAGAUUUCUUAACUGUAACAUUGGUAUUGAAUUUUUAAAUUCAUAAAUUCUCAUGUAACUAUCAAUAUAUAUUUUAGCAAUACCUAUAACAAGUAUACUUUCAGAACUCACUUGAAAAAAAAUGUAAUUAUAAAAACAGUAAAUUACCUCCACGAAAAUAAAACUCAACUGGAAAAUAAUCCAACCCGUCUAAAAAUUUGGUAAGGAAAUUUAAACCUGACAUAAUAAUAUAUUAUAUAUAAUAUAUAAUAUAAUUAUAUUAUAAUAUAAUAUAUUAUAAUAUAUUAUGUUAUAAUAAUAAUAUUAUCCGUUUAGUCUAUGAGUUCAAUAAAUUGUCAUAAUAUCGAUAUAUUAUUAUAGGUAUGAAGAUUUUUUUUUGUCCGUUGUUUAAGAUUUAUUUUUUCAAAUUUUUUUAAUCAUUAGGAAUCGAUAAAUAUAUCAAUUAUAAAAUAUAAUAAAUAUAAUACUAUAAAGUAAUAGGUAUGCUGGUAAAUGAUAAAGACGUACAGUAUUUUUGUGAUCGUAUACUGCAGAAGUUACCAAACGACAAUUGUAUACAAAUAUCAACGCAUUGAACGCAUUGACCUCAUUAACUAAGUGAAUAGGUACAUAACGGUUUAAGUUACGGGUAGGUGAACUACACAGAUACUGUAGACUUUGAGGUAUAAUUCACGUAUUUUAUUUUAUUGUAAAUUUACACCAAUGUGUCAUAUACUCAUGUGAUCAUUUAGUAGCAUUUAUUUGUUCAUUUUUAUCCUACUACUAUUAUUUUUUUUCUUUUGACAAUAAGUAACUUUUUGGGAUUUUAAAUUAUAAUACGCAUACGGUGUAUUAUAAUUUCCCCUGUAUGAAGUAUCAUUCAUUUUGCUGUCUCACUGUUUAAAAGUAUCAAUUAUUAUUAACAAUAGUCUCUUGGAUGUAUAGCAACAUUUUUUUUUUUUUUGUAGUGUGUAUUCUUAUUGUAUAAUAUUUAUAUGAUUUAUGAAAGUGCUUACUUACCAUAGUUUCAAAAAAAUAUUUAUCAUCCAAAUAUGAUAAGUUCCUUAUUUUUUGGUUUAUCAGUUACGAACGAUACUAAAAAUAAUAAAAAAUUUCAUUAAUGUUUAUCCGUUACGAUAAGACGUAGAUACAUAUCUUGGUACAUUUCGCCGUAACGUUGUAUUCCUUAAAUGAGUAUCGUGAAAAAAAUUUAAAGUAAAGAUGAAGCGCGUCUAAUUGAAAUGUUUGAUCACAUUCGUGUUAAAAUAGACAAUAGUCACAUAGCCAUGGACCAUAAAAUUAUAUUUAAUUGUUGGGUACUGUUGAAAAAUAUAAUAUAGGUAAAACAUAGGCUCUUUUUCAAAAUAUUUUAUUAUAAUUUAUAAGUAAUAUUAAUAUUAUAGAUAUGCUAUCAUGUAUACAGUAUUCUAAUAGAAUAAUAAUAAUUGAUCCAAUAAGGAAUCGUUACAAUUUCUAUUGGUUAUUUUUUCAUUUAUUAUCAUAGCUCAAUAAUAAUCUAUAUAAAUAGGUAUAAUAUAUUCCGUUGUUUAUAGAUGAAGAUUUUAUUAAUAACGCUAUUUCAAUCUGUUAAAGAUUUCGGACAAUCAGAACCUUGUAUAUUAUAUUGUGUACGUCUGGAUCUUUUAACCAUUUUAAAACGAUACAGUAACUUAAAACACUGCGCAUACAUAAUAUAGGUGUAAAUACUAUAUCAAAAAUUAUUCUAAAUACUAAAUUUUUUUUUAGACAUUUUAAAAUAAUUUAAAACCGCCUUAUUCACGCCUUGUUUAAAACGUAUACAUUUACCAAAUGCCAGCGUAAAUUUCACGUACAGGGUCUAGUAUAUAUUUUUACAUCCAAUACUUUCAAAGUUUAAAUAGAUAUUACCUUAUUUGGAAAACCCAUAAAUGAAGAAUAAUACAUACUUGUCAUCAAAACGCGUGGCCACUGUACUUACUGUAAUUAGUAUUUAGUACUAAUAUACCUACUAAGCUAAUACAAUCUACACAAACUAUACUAAUUUUCCAUAUUUUUGAUUUUAUUUUACGUUAGAAUUAUAAUUGUUUACCAAAAUAAUCUUUCAAAAUUUGGAAUAUAAUCGAAAAAUGAACUCAUUUUCAGCUUAAUUUAUAUUAAAUUUCGAUUAUUUUAUUUAAAAAUAUUUAAAUAAAAUAUAAUCAUACACCAAAAUAUUCUUUAUUAUGUUAUUAAUUUUACUCAGUACGUAAGUAAUAAAGAUUAAGUAUACAUUAACACAAAUUUUUAUUCAUUCGAUUAAAAUAAAAUUUCGAUUUUUUUUUUUUUUUUUUUUAAUAAAAACAAUAAAAAUACUAGUAUACAUUAUUGUAUAGAAAUAAUAAUAAUAAUAUUAAUAAUAAUAAAUUGUAUUAAGUUCUUCUUUUUUGAACAGCACUCUACUAAAAGUACUUAUUACUAAGUACCUACCUAUAAAUGCAAUUUGCGCCAUUUGAGAAAACUACGAAUACAUGCAUAAUCAUAUUAAACGAAAAAAUCAACUUGGCAAUAGGUAAAACAUCAUAUUUUAUAAAUUAUAUAAACAAAACUGUAUUUUUUUUUUUUUUUUUUGUACCCAGAAACUUUGAAUAAAUACGUGAAAUCAUGAUAUCAUUAAUUUUUAAAUUAUUACAAUAAUAAUAAUAUAUUUUUUGUCUAAGUAAAUAUACGUUUAAUGACAUAUAGUUUAUGUCUUAUAUUAUAUUAUUUCAUUUAUUGCCUUAUUAGUUAAUUUCAUUUAAAUAUCACAUAUAAUAUAAAUUAUUUUUCAUGCUCUGUUAUCGUUAAAGGUACACUAAGGUACAUGUUUUACAACAAGUUUUAUUUUUUUACCUCAUGACCUACCUUACUUGGCAUUUCACAGAAAUUCAAGAGAUAUAAUAAUAUGGUAUUCGAUUUGCGGAGCCACGCGAGUUCAAAACACGAGAAAUCACUUAAGAAAAAUGAACUUUUGGCUCUAAAAGGUCAACAGCUAUAAAAUUUACAUGCACCCUGUGUCGUAAAUUAUACGUCUAAAAUAUUCUUUAUCAGUCAAGACGCACAUGACACAUUAUACAUAAAUCACAUUCUAUGUGUGACACAAAUUAUGUAUUUUUCUUUAUUAUUUUCUUGACGCAAAUUGCAUAGUAGGUACUUCUUAAAAUAUUCGUUUGUAUCAAUUUAUUUUAGAGUAAAUAUCAUCGAAAUUCUUGUAAACGAUUUAUUUAAAUAAAAUCAAUAUAAUUUUAUGAUUUAAAACUUAAAACUAUACAUUCAUAAUUAAUACUAAUUUGCAUGCAUAAAUAUUACAUUAUUACAUAUUAUAUUAUAAUAUUUUUAACACAUUACAAUACAAAAACUAUAAAAUUGACUACUUCAAAACUGGUAUCACAGCCUUUUGGCCUUUAUAUUAUUAAAUAACUUAUAAAAAACACAAGACAUAGGUAUUCAAAGUCAUUGAAUUUUUAUUUUUGUAUACCCUAUUUAAGCCAUCUACGUAAUCGAAAUGUAGAAUUUAAAAAUGUAAUAUAGCCAAUAGCCAUACAACUUCUGUGUAUGCCGUUGUUUACUUGGUUUCAUUAACGAUUUAGGUAGUUAGGUAUUACAAUUAUUUAUUUCAUCGUGGCUUAUAUUUUCAUAAUUAUUGAGUUUCUAUUAUACAAUAAUAUAAAACAUAUUAAAAUCAAAUCUUAAAACAUCGUUUUCAUUAAAUUAUUAAUAAAAGCAUUCUUGUAUAAUUAUAGGUGUAACACUUAUUUAUUUAAAAUUAAAAUAUUUUUAUAUUUUUAAUAUGUACCUACUUACCUACCUGUUCUAUAAUUUAUAUAAAUAUAUACAAUUUUAUACUCGUUAAUCUUAGGUAAUCGAUUUUUUUUCAAGUGACAAAAUUAAACAAUUAAGCAACUAAAUAAAUGUUAUGAAUAGGUAAUUAUAAUAAAAUUGAGAGUUGUUCCAAGUUAUAUUAUUUCUAUUUUCCACUAUUAGAAAGAUUAUUAAAGUGAAUUUAAUUAUUAUUUAUUCAGCUAAUUAGAUACAACAAUUAUUACAUCAUGAUGGGUGUACAAAAUUUAAGACCGUAGUGAAUUAUUUUCAGUAACAUACCAAUAAUAUACAUAAUUUAUUCUCGUCAAUAUCAUAAAUUUAAAUGUGUGCCCUCUUGCUUGUAUUAUUUCGCAGGUAACUUGUAAAAUAUGGAAUAAUUAUUAACUGUCUCUCUUGCAUACAUAUAGAUAUCAAUUGAAAAGUAACUUUUAUGAAAAAGUACCUUCCUAUAAGGGUGUAUUUAGAAAUGUCUUGUGGGAUUAUGGAAGGCACAUACAAAAAAUUCAAAUUAACCUAACCGUGCGCCAAUGCGUGAAGAUAAAUUAAUAUUCUCAGUAAUAAAAAUUAAAAAAAUUAUAAAAUUCGGUCACUGGCCGCAUGUGCUCUCCCUCAAAUACGCCUUUGCCUACCUAUAAUCAUUUUAUUCCAUAUUCUGUUUCAUGUAUUGUAUACUUAUUCAAAAUAUGUCUUAAAAUACUUUAAAAUAAAUAUUUUCAAUCCUCGAAAAUCUGAUGUAGUAGCUAUAAGUUGACUUAUGCCGCGGGCUUUGGGUGGUAUGAAGUUUGUUAUCGUCGUAACUUAUCUUUACAGCUACCUCAAGAUUAUAGUUACUAUAUACAUGCAUAUUUUAUACUUACUUCCAAAAUUGACAAGCAUUACACCAAUAAUAUUUUAAAUUUCAAAUUUCAAUACACUUUAGGAAUUUACGAUUUUACCUAAUGAUGAUUUUAUUUUCAUGUUUCGAUAAAUUACAUUUCUUUUAUUAUUAUCAUAAUCCUAUUUAUUUCAAUCUAUGCUAGGUUUAAUUUGAUGAAAAAUAAUUGAGUUAGGUUUUACAUUUUUACUAUGAAAUUAUGUUACUUUACCGACUUAACCAUUGAUUUUUAUACUGCAAAAUAAGUUUAUAUAUCUAAUUAACCUACUUUUAAAUUUAAAAAUAUUAUUUUUUUAAUAUACCUACCUACCUACUUACAUAAUGUAUAAUACAUUUGGUUAAUUAAUCCUAAGAUUAAGAAGGUGUAAAAAAUCAUUUUUAUAUCUAUACGAAAGAAGUAAAAUGAGAGAAAAAAUUAAAUAAUAUUUGUUCGUCAAUUUUGAAUUAGACCAUUUAUAAAAAUAAAAUACAAAGAAUUAAUGAAAUUAGAUUAAAAUAUAGGUAAGUAGGUACUUCAGCCUAUACCUACUAUAUUAAUUUUAGUAGUACAUUUAAAUUAUGUAGGUACCAUAUACAAAACAACUUACACAACUCAUUCGUUAUUCGUAAAUGAUUACCUACAUCUUAGCGACUUAGCCUAACUAAAAUAUAUUUAUAUUUUGUACUAAAUUAUUAGGAAAGUAGUUAUCUCUUUUUGAUUUUUAUAGUCUGAUAUGAUAUUUUAAUCGUUUAGAAUUUUUACCUAUUUAGUAUUUACAGUAUUUUAUGACAUGAUACAUGUUAUAUAACUAUAGGUUACAUAUAGUCUAUUAUCUUCUUGAAGAAUAAAUAAAAAUAAAAUAAAUAAAUAAAUAAAUAGGUAUCAUUAAUAUAACGAACUCGAUUUUACACUAUCAUACAAUAAUUUGCAAUCACAACUCAUUAGUCAUUAGUGUACGUCAUUCAUAAUUAUAAAAAAGGGAUUCUAACACCAUUAUAUCUAUAAACAAAAUAAUGCGUUUUAUAAUGCCUGUCGGUUCUUCGUAUAAUGAACCACUUAUAUUUAAUAUUUACAAUAUUUUUUUAGGUAGGUACUAUAUUAUUAUGCCAUAUUAUUAACAUAGCUUAUUACGCUUUUCUUCAUUUUUAUUUAUAAAAACAACAACAACAUUUAAAUCAUAAUCGUAAUAUAUAAGUGCCUUUGUGUAGUUGUACUGUUUUGCGAAUAAUGGUUGUAAUUCAAUAUUGUUUAUCAACAUUAUAAUAAUGGAUCAACGGGUAUAUUUGUAAAUUGCAAAUUUUAAUCAAAGUUUAGUGGCACAUUGAGCGUUAUGGAAAACACAAAAUUUCAUUGUUACGUGUGCAUAUAUUUUAUUUGGGUAUUUUUAAGCAGUCAAGCAUAUCAAUUUACGCUGUGUUAUUAUUUUUAAAGUUGUAUAACUCGUAUUAUUAUUAUUAUUAUUAUUAUUGUUAUAAUAGGUAUAUAAUUAUAUUCGCAUAUAAUGAUUUUA